AUGCUACGAAGUGCAGUACUCUUGACAGCCAUGCACCUUUUCGGAUUAAACUGGCACCUGCAGCCCAUGCAGAGACAGAUGUACCAGCUGUCAGAGGACAACACAAGUGGCCUACCCUUUCCUACUGAUCUCAGCUUGCCACCACUAGGCAACACAGGCUUGGAAAUACCUGACCGAAAGGGGAAAGAUGACGGCAAAUUGGACAGCUUGUUCCCAGAUGACAGCUAUAUAGAUAUGGGCGAGAUUGACGUGGGGCGCAAGGUCGCGCAGCAGAUUCCACCUGGUAUCUUCUGGAGGUCCCAGGUCUUCAUUGAUCAUCCCAUGUACCUGAAGUUUAAUGUGUCCCUGAGCAAAGAUGCCUUAUUUGACUUUGUGGAGCUUUUGGAUGGGCGGCGGCUCCUCACCCAGGACAUUCAUGGUCUGGAGGGCCCUGUGGCUAUGCAGCGGAGUUUGGUACCCAUCACCACUCACGACACAGGUUUUAUCCAGUACAUGGACUCGGGCAUCUGGCACCUGGCCAUCUACAAUGACGGGAAGGAAACUGAAACUGUCUCCUUCCUCACCACAGCCAUAGAAUCUAUUGAUGACUGCCCCAGUAACUGCUUUGGGAACGGUGACUGUGUCGCUGGAACAUGCCGCUGCUUUUUAGGUUUCAAAGGACCUGACUGUGGGCGAGCCGCCUGUCCAGUGCUAUGCAGUGGGAAUGGUCAAUACCUUAAAGGUCGCUGCAUGUGUCACAGCGGCUGGAAGGGCUCCGAGUGUGACGUUCCCACAAACCAGUGCAUUGACAUCACUUGCAGUAGCCAUGGGACCUGUAUCGUGGGAACCUGUAUCUGCAAUCCGGGCUACAAGGGAGAAAACUGUGAAGAAGUGGACUGCCUGGACCCGACAUGCUCAGGCCGAGGGGUAUGUGUGCAGGGAGAGUGUCACUGCUUUGUGGGAUGGGGCGGGCCAGGAUGUGAGAGCCCCAGGGCCUCCUGCAUGGACCAGUGCUCUGGACAUGGAGCCUUUCUGGCAGACACAGGAACCUGCAGCUGUGAUCCCAACUGGACAGGCCAUGACUGCUCUACAGAGAUUUGUGCAGCGGACUGUGGUGGCCAUGGCAUUUGUGUGUCAGGCACCUGCCGCUGCGACGACGGCUGGAUGGGCACUGGGUGUGACCAGAGGGCGUGUCACCCUCGCUGCAACGAACACGGAACUUGCAAGGACGGCAAAUGUGAAUGCAGUCCUGGUUGGAACGGAGAACACUGCACUAUUGAGGGCUGUCCUGGUUUGUGUAAUGGAAAUGGUAGGUGCACUCUGGGUAACAAUGGCUGGUACUGUGUGUGCCAGCUGGGCUGGAGGGGCACUGGCUGUGACACCUCUAUGGAAACUGCCUGCAGUGAUGUCAAGGACAACGAUGGAGAUGGCCUGGUGGACUGCAUGGAUCCAGACUGCUGUCUGCAGGCAACCUGUCACACCACCACUCUGUGUGUGGGCUCCCCGGACCCCCUGGACAUCAUCCAGGAGACACAGAUGUCCUCCACACAGAGCAACCUGCAGACUUUCUACGACCGCGUGCACUUCCUGGUGGGCAGGGACAGCACCCACAUCAUCCCAGGAGCCAACCCCUUCGAUGGAAACCAUGCUUGUGUAAUCCGUGGACAAGUGGUGACCUCGGAUGGCACACCUCUGGUUGGAGUCAACAUCAGUUUCAUCAACAGCCCAUCCUAUGGUUACACAAUCACUAGACAAGAUGGAAGUUUUGACUUGGUGACCAAUGGGGGCAUGGCUGUAGCCUUGCACUUUGAGCGCUCUCCAUUCAUCACCCAGGAGCACACUCUCUGGAUGCCAUGGGGACGCUUCUUUGUCAUGGAUACCAUCGUCAUGCGGCAUGAAGAGAACGACAUCCCUAGCUGUGACCUCAGCAGCUUUACGCGGCCCAGCCCCGUGGUGUCCCCUGCUCCGCUCACAGCAUUCGCUGGCUCUUGCUCGGAAAGGCGGACCGUCGUUCCCGAAAUCCAGUCUUUACAGGAGGAAGUGCCCAUACCAGGGUCAGAAAUGAAACUUGGCUAUUUAAGCAGUAGGACCCCAGGUUACAAGUCAAUCCUGAGGGUGACCCUCACCCACCCCACAAUUCCUUUCAACCUGAUGAAGGUUCACCUCAUGGUGGCUGUGGAAGGCAGGUUGUUCAGAAAAUGGUUUCCUGCAGCCCCAAACCUCGCAUAUGACUUUGUGUGGGAUAAGGCAGAUGUGUACAGCCAGAAGGUCUAUGGCUUAUCUGAGGCUUUCGUAUCUGUGGGUUUUGAGUAUGAAUCAUGUCCAGACCUGAUUCUAUGGGAGAAGAGGACUGCUGUUCUUCAGGGCUAUGAAACCACUGCCUCCAAACUGGGAGGAUGGACGAUAGACAAGCACCAUGCUUUAAAUAUCCAGAGUGGUAUUCUACACAUGGGGAAUGGAGAGAACGUCUUCAUCUCCCAGCAGCCUCCUGUAAUUGGCAGUGUGAUGGGGAAUGGGCGCAGGCGCAGCAUCUCCUGCCCCAGCUGUAAUGGUCUUGCUGAAGGAAACAAGUUGCUGGCCCCCGUGGCUCUGGCCUGCGGCUCAGAUGGAAGUCUGUACGUGGGCGACUUCAACUAUGUGAGGAGGAUUUUCACCACGGGGAAUGUCACCAGCGUCCUGGAGCUCAGAAAUAAAGACUUCAGGCAUAGCAACAGCCCCGCUCACAAGUACUACCUGGCCACCAGUCCGGUGAACGGUGCUGUGUACCUUUCGGACACCAGCAGCAGGAAGGUGUUCAAGGUGAAAUCCCUGAAUGUUGUGAAAGAUGUGGCCAAGAAUCUGGAGCUGUUGGCGGGUACUGGAGACCAAUGUCUCCCAUAUGAUGACAGUCGCUGCGGGGAUGGAGGAAAGGCUGUAGAGGCCACUCUUACUAACCCCAGAGGCAUUACGGUGGAUAAGUACGGUAUAAUCUUCUUUGUGGAUGGGACCAUGAUUCGCAGGAUUGAUCAGAAUGGUAUCAUCUCUACUCUUCUGGGCUUCAAUGACCUGACCUCUGCCCGACCCCUCAGCUGUGAUUCUGUGAUGGACAUCUCUCAGGUGCGUCUUGAGUGGCCCACAGACCUGGCAGUGAGUCCCAUGGACAACUCCCUGUACGUUCUGGACAAUAACGUAGUCCUCCAGAUCUCAGAAAACCACCAGGUCCGUAUUGUCGCAGGCCGGCCGAUGCACUGCCAAGUGCCCGGGAUUGACCACUUCCUCAUGAGCAAAGUGGCCAUCCAUGCCACCCUGGAGUCGGCCAAUGCCCUGGCUGUGUCCCACAAUGGCAUUUUGUACAUCGCUGAGUCAGAUGAAAAGAAAAUAAACCGAGUGCGACAGGUGUCCACCAAUGGAGAGAUCUCCUUGGUUGCAGGGGCACCAAGUGGCUGUGACUGCAAGAAUGACGCCAACUGCGAUUGUUACUCUGGUGAUGAAGGCUACGCCAAAGACGCUAAACUGAAUGCACCCUCAUCUCUGGCAGUGUGUCCGGAUGGAGAACUUUAUAUCGCAGAUCUUGGAAACAUUCGUAUCCGCUAUGUGCGCAGAAACAAGCCCUAUCUGAACCCCCUCAGCAUGUACGAGGUGUCCUCCCCCAUUAAUGAUGAACUCUACCUGUUUGACUCCAACGGCAGCCACAUUUUCACACAAAGCCUGACUACAGGAGACCACCUCUACAAUCUGACCUACACAGGAGCAGGAGAUCUGAGCAGCAUCACCGAUAAGAACAAAAACACGGUGAUGAUCAGACGAGACACAACAGGACUGCCACUGUGGCUGAUGGUCCCUGAUGGACAGACGUUCUGGUUCACCAUUGGCACCAACAAUGCCCUGAAAACUGUCGCCGCCCAGGGUCAAGAACUCGCUGUUAUGACCUACCAUGGAAGCUCUGGGCUUUUAGCAACUAAGACCAAUGAAAACGGGUGGACAACCUUCUUUGAGUAUGACAGUUAUGGGCGUCUGACUAACAUCACUUACCCCACGGGCCGAGUGAGCAGCUACCGUACAGAUGCAGACAGCUCGGUACGCAUCCAAACAGAAGGUUCCAACAAAGAGGAUAUCACCGUCACUACAAACCUGUCAGCCUCUGGCACCUUCUACACACUCAUGCAAGAUCAAGUUCGGAACAGCUAUUUCAUCGGUCUGGAUGGCUCACUGCGGCUGGUGUUGGCUAAUGGUAUGGAGGUGUCCCUGCACACCGAGCCUCACCUUCUGGCCGGCACAACCAACCCCACAGUCAGCAAGAGGAAUGUAACCCUGGCUAUCGACAACGGCCUCAACCUGGUGGAGUGGAGACAGAGGAAGGAGCAGGCUCGUGGCCAGGUUACUGUGUACGGCCGCAGACUGAGGGUUCACAACAGGAACUUGUUGUCAUUAGACUUUGACCGAAUCACCAGGACUGAAAAGGUCUAUGAUGACCACAGGAAGUUCACAUUACGGAUCCACUAUGACCAUGCCGGGCGGCCCACCCUGUGGGCACCAAGCAGUCGUCUUAAUGGAGUCAAUGUCACCUAUUCCCCUGGAGGCCAUGUGGCAGGUAUCCAAAGAGGAACCAUGUCUGUACGCAUGGAGUAUGACCAGAACGGCAGAAUCACCUCCCAAAUAUUUGCUGAUGGUAAAUCGUGGAGCUACACUUACCUUGAGAAGUCCAUGGUCCUGCUUCUCUACAGUCAGAGGCAGUACAUCUUUGAAUUUGACAAAAACGACCGACUUUCCUCCGUGACCAUGCCUAAUGUGGCACGGCAGACGCUCGAGACCUCCCGCUCCAUUGGCUACUACAGAAACACCUACCGGCCCCCCGAAGGUAACGCCUCAGUGCUGCAGGACUACAGCGAGGAAGGCCAGUUGCUGCAGACCACCUACCUGGGCACGGGGCGCAGGGUCAUCUACAAAUACGGCAAGCUCGCCAAGCUGCUGGAGAUCCUCUACGACACCACGCGCAUCGGUUUCUCCUACGACGAGGUGGCGGGCAUGCUGAAGACGGUCAACCUGCAGAGUGAGGGCUUCACCUGCACCAUCCGCUACCGACAGAUUGGCCCGCUGAUUGACAGACAGAUAUUCAGGUUCAGUGAAGAGGGCAUGGUCAACGCCAGGUUUGACUAUGUCUAUGACAACAGUUUUCGAGUCACUAGCAUGCAGGCCGUCAUUAAUGAAACACCACUGCCCAUCGACUUGUACCGCUAUGAUGACGUGUCCGGCAAAACUGAACAGUUUGGAAAAUUUGGAGUCAUCUAUUAUGACAUAAAUCAAAUCAUUACCACAGCAGUGAUGACCCACACCAAACACUUUGAUGCUUACGGCCGGGUGAAGGAGGUCCAGUAUGAGAUUUUUCGCUCGCUCAUGUACUGGAUGAUGGUGCAGUACGAUAAUAUGGGGCGAGUGGUGGCCAAGGAGCUAAAGGUUGGGCCUUAUGCCAACACCACUCGCUACACAUACGAGUAUGACGCAGACGGACAGCUCCAGGUGGUCUCCAUCAACGACAAGCCUCUGUGGAGGUACAGCUACGACUUAAACGGCAAUUUGCACCUGCUCAGCCCUGGAAACAGCGCUCGCCUCACACCACUACGCUACGACAUCAGAGACCGCAUCACUCGCCUGGGAGACGUCCAGUACAGGAUGGAUGAGGACGGCUUCCUCAAGCAGCGAGGGAACGACUACUUUGACUACAACUCAGCAGGCCUCCUGGUGAAGGUUUACAACAGAGUGAGCGGUUGGACCAUCAAAUACCGUUAUGACGGUCUGGGCAGGAGGGUGUCCAGCAGAACCAGCUCGGGCCACCACCUGCAGUACUUCUAUGCGGACUUGUCAAGUCCUACUCGGGUCACACAUAUGUACAAUCACUCCAGCUCUGAGAUCACUUCACUCUACUAUGACCUGCAGGGACAUCUGUUCGCCAUGGAGCUGAGCAGCGGGGACGAGUUCUAUGUGGCCUGUGAUAACAUAGGCACUCCUCUGGCUGUGUUCAGCGGCUCGGGCCUCAUGAUCAAACAGAUCCUCCAUACAGCAUUUGGAGAAGUUUACCUCGACACCAACCCCAGCCUCCAGCUCGUAAUCGGCUACCAGGGAGGUCUGUACGAGCCUCUGAGUAGACUGGUUCACAUGGGCAGACGGGACUAUGAUGUCCUUGCCGGCCGCUGGACAACACCCAACCAUGACAUCUGGAAACGUCUCAACAGCAACCACAUGGUGCCGUUCAACCUCUACAUGUUCAAGAAUAACAAUCCUCUCAGCAACAACAAGGAGAUAAAGUGCUACAUGACCGAUGUGAACAGCUGGUUGGUGACGUUCGGCUUCCAACUAUACAACGUCAUCCCUGGAUACCGAAAACCCAACACAGAAUCCAUGGAGCCAUCGUACGAGUUAGUCAGCACCCAGAUCAAGACACAAGAGUGGGACAGCACCAAGUCUUUGCUGGGCGUUCAAUGUGAAGUUCAGAGGCAGCUCAAAGCCUUUGUGAAGUUAGAGCGUUUCGGCCAGAUCUACAGAGCAAAGAGUGCCGGAUGUCCUCAGACAGAGGACGACAAGAUCUUUGCCUCUGCCGGCUCCAUCUUCGGAAAGGGCGUGAAAUUUGCCAUUCGAGGCGGUCGCAUCGGCACCGACAUCGUCAGUUUGGCCAACGAAGAUGGCCGCCGCAUGGCUGCAGUUCUGAACGACGCCUUCUACCUUGAAGACCUGCACUUCACCAUCACUGGAAUGGACACUCACUACUUCAUCAAACUGGGCUCGGUGGAGGGGGACCUGGCCCUCAUUGGCAUGACGGUGGGCCGGCGCACGCUAGAGACGGGCGUCAAUGUGACGGUGUCUCAGGUCAACACUGUUCUCAAUGGCAGGACUAGGCGCAUUACUGACAUCCAGCUGCAGUACGGCGCUCUGUCUUUGAAUACUCGCUACGGCAGCAGUGUGGACGAGGAGAAAGCUCGAGUGUUGGAGCUGGCCCGGCAGAGAGCUGUCGCCCAGGCCUGGGCCCGGGAGCGCCAGAGACUGAGGGACGGAGAGGAGGGCUCACGGACCUGGACUGAGGGAGAGAAGCAGCAGCUCUUGGGCUCAGGGAAGGUUCAGGGCUACGACGGAUUUUACGUGGUUUCGGUUGACCAGUACCCUGAGCUGGCAGACAGUGUCAACAACAUUCAUUUUAUGAGACAGAGCGAAAUGGGCCGAAGGUGACAUGAACACGAGGCUCUGGAGUGACGGACUCACAUGUAGGACAUGGGACUACUUGCCAAAGACAGUUGUGUACAUGACCACUUUUGUUUUCUUUGACUGUGCUCAACUUGGUUUUUAAUAUACUGUAAAAAAAAAAGAAAAAAACAUGGUUGCAAAUCAGUUGCACUGUAUUAAUAGAAGAGUGCCCUUCUCCUUUGAAGAUUCUUUAACAGUCUUUGCCCUCCAAGUGCGGCUGCUAGAGGAUGAACAUUUGCGAUGUCUGUGACUUAUUUUUGUGACUCCAUUUCCUGGUUCCUUUUGGUGAUUCUGUUCAAAGGAAUCCAAGAGGAGUAUUGGUAAUGCGUUAUGUUCACUGGCUCACUCUGCUGCCAGACUUGCAGAUUGUUAUUCACAAGCUUGCUCCAUUCUGCCUUUUUCUGCGCCUCAGCCAAGGAGAUUCCUUCUCUUUUAAUCACUUCUUUUUUAUACUUGAAACCCUCAUAGCCCCAGUCAUCCAUAAAUAAUGAGAGAGAUUUCUGUUGGCGGUAGAGCCCUUCAUCAAAUCCCCAGCUGAACUUGUCAAAGCACCUUCAUUUGUGUGAUGUCUUGUAAUUUUUUUUUAAGAGGAGGAUUGAUACUCAUCUGUGGGCUUAGCUUGGAAGGCGUCAGUGCACCCUGACUGUGCAUGUUGAUGGCCUUCUUUAUGAACUACAAAAUUAGCAAACAUGCUUAGUUAAGACUAGAUUUGAUGGUCAAGCCAACAAAUGGAUAUGGGGUGAUUUUUUUAGUUUGUGUAUUUUUUUUUAAAAAAACUGGAUUUUUUUUAUUUUUUCAAAGAAAGAAGUUGAAAAAAGAAUCAUUUUAAAUCUGUGCUCCAUUUUAUUUGACUGUGGUCAAUGAUGAUGAACAUAGUGAAGCGUCAACCCUGUAAGAAAAUACUGUGGAAUUAUCGUCUGUAUUAAAUCACAAAAGGUAUUUUACAGGAAUGGUUUGGAAUUACAUUUGAGUUCUGUUUUAUAAAUAGCUAUAUGAAUUAACAGUAUAACAAAAUGUGAAUCUAAAAAAAUGUGAACUAUUGUCCCUUUUAUUGUUAAUUGUUGUACUUGAACAAUACAUAAGGGUGUUUCAACACAUGGAAUAAACUAUGAAAGGUUGUUUAGUUAAAUCAAUUACUGUGUUUUUCAUUAGACUGAUGACAAUUUACUGAUCACAUUUGCAUAUUGAACGCAGUGUUUGUUUCUCAAUGAGCUUAAGUCAGUAUUCCUCACAGCGAUGUUCGAUCAAGAAGAGCCGAGGACGAAAAAUGUUUUUUUCGAGAACUACUGCAAAACUUCUCAAAGAAAACAAUCUCAUUACAUUAGCAUCACCUUAACAUACUUCAGCUUGGCAUUGUGUUGUUAGUGAGAUGAAAGAUACUAAUUACCUUUAGCCUCAGGGCUGCCCGCAGGUCAGCAUCAAACGUGCUUUCGUUGUACAGAGUGGGGCUCCACUUGGUCCCAUGGCUGGCUGGAGUGCAUUAGACCUGCAGGUGUACUAGUUCCUGUUUACAGACUAAAGGUCGUCUUUACACGCCGACCUUGGAAGUAAACCAUGUGUACACGUUUAGUUCCCAUUACUCCACGCUCUCCUCAGUUAAGACGGCUAAGGACAAUUCUGCUGAAAUGUCAUUACGUGGAAGAAGAAAAAAAAAUCAAAAGGGGUCAAGAAGACAAUUGUGGAAGUUGUGAUAUUUAUUUGACUUCUGAUACAUUUUGAACUAUGCCAGACCACUGCACACACCGGACUUUCUCGUCGUAUUUUCCCAUCGAUUGAUGAACUUGUUUGUGUGUUUCGGGUUGGUGGGAGCAUGACUGAGUGUCUCAAACUCUACAAACAUUAAAGCAAACUGGACACGGUUAUUUUUCUUUUCUGCUGAUGGUUGAUUCAGUGAUGUUCUGUUUCCCCCCCCCCAAAAAAAAUGUGUAUGUUCAACAUUAUAUGAAUGAAGGAUAUUUGCAUUGUGGAAUAUUGCACUGAGAACUGUUGCUUCAUAAGACUGUAUCUUUUCUAAAGUUCUGGACUCAUUUUGAGUUUUGGUUUGUUCUCAACACUGUGUUUUUAGCGCUUCUCUUUGACCGUGUAAAUAUGACGACAUCAAAGUAAGCUGUACAUAAAAUGCAAAUGUAGAUACCUCUUAGAGCUACAUCAGUGACCCUGUGUAGUCUUAAGGUAGAAAAAAAUAAAGGGAAUAUUUUGUGUUUA